AUGCGCGUCUCGUCGGCCCUUCUUUCCGCCCUUUUGCUUUCCAGCACUUCGCUGGCAACCCCGGCCCAGGUUUCCUCAUCCGUGGCCAUCUCUACACAGGGGAGCCCAGCGCCAGAGGAACAUGUUGCAGCACAAACAACUGCUGCUGCAGAGGCAACUGCGGCGGCGGCAGCGUCGGCGGCAGCAACUGGUGCAUCCGAGCAGACGGCCAGUACGAAGCAGCAGCCAGACAACGAUGGUAGUGCCGACCAGCAAAACGCAAAUGCUGCCACUCAGCAGUCAAACGCAAACACAAAUACAGACACCGGUAACCAGCAGCCAUCUGCCGAUGUAGCUGGCCAGCAAACCACCCCCAGUGCCGUACAGCAAACAGCCGCAGCUCCGGAACCGACAAGCCAAACAACCGCCACCCAGUCACAGGGUGGAGAUCUUCUUGGCGGACUGGUGGGUGGCAUCCUUGGUGGUGGCUCCAGCCAAAAUGCUGGAGCAAGCAGCACUGCUGCCGCAUCCCCCUCAGCAGCAGGUCUUGGUCAGUCUGCCACCUCCACGCAGGACACCGCGUCUUCUGCAACGACGAGUUCUUCAUCAUCCGCAGGCGGCUCUUCCGGAAACCUUUUGACGGACAUUGGUGAUGGCCUCGAUGGCCUCCUGGGUCUCUUGUCGCCAACAUUCUUGAAGAAUGUGGAGUCGUUCUUCAACCACUUUGCAUAUCUGUUCGAUGACAAGACUACCGACCAGACGAAGUCAUUGAUCGACACUGCGUACAACCUGCUCACCAAGCAGUUGAUCACUGAAUUGACCGGUCUCCUCAACAAUGCAAACAGCCUAUUGACGCCAAACUUUGUGAACGAGACCCAGCAACUGAUCAACUCGGUUGGCCCACUCGUCACGCCACAAUUGUUCAAGAAGAUCUCUACCUUGCUUGAUAAUGGCAACAACCUUUUGACUGCUGAGUUUGUCAAGGAGGUUAACGGCCUGAUUGGCAAUGCAAACAACUUGUUGACAGCCGACUUCGUGAAGGAGACACGUGAGCUUAUCGAAGCUGUCUCUCCUGUACUGACACCAGACCUACUUGGUGAGGUUGGCACGCUGCUUAACAACGCCAAUGAUCUCCUGACUGCAGACUUCGUUAAGGAAACGAAGUCGCUCAUCAGCGCGGUCGGCCCGAUCCUGACUCCAGAACUGCUGAAGGAGGUCAACACGCUAUUGACUAAUGCCAACAGCUUGUUGACUGCAAACUUCGUCAAGGAGACAACAUCUUUGAUUGAUACAGUCGCGCCUAAUUUGACACCAGAAUUGUUCAAGGAGAUCAACUCGGUCCUCAGCAAUGCCAAUGGCCUCUUGACACCAGGCUUUGUCAAUGAGACUCAAUCUUUGAUCGAAACUGUUGCUCCUAACCUGACCCCCGAAUUGUUCAAGGAGAUCAACUCUGUCCUGGGCAACGCUAAUAACCUGUUGACCACCGACUUCGUGAAGGAAACCAAGAGCUUGAUCGGCGCCGUUGCCCCUGUACUUACACCAGCUGUUCUCGCAGAGGUUGCUGGCUUGUUGGGCAAUGCCAAUGACCUGCUCACACCGACAUUCGUCAACGAGACUCAGGGCUUGAUUGGCGCCGUGGCUCCAGUCUUGACACCUGCUCUUCUAAAGGAAGUUGGCAGUCUCUUGGGCAACGCCAACUCUCUGCUGACUACCGGAUUCGUUGAUGAGACCCAGACAUUGGUUGGCAAUGCGAACGACCUACUGACGACCGAUUUCGUCAAGGAGACCCGUAGCUUGAUUGGCGAUCUUUCACCGGUCAUCACACCUCAAUUGCUAUCAGAGGUCUCAGGAUUGCUCGACAAUGCAAACUCCCUAUUGACAGCGAAGUUUGUCAAUGAGACGCAAGGAUUGAUCGACGAUCUCUCGCCAGUCAUCACACCUGAGUUGCUUGGCGAGGUCGGCGAACUUCUCGGCAACGCCAACAAGCUAUUGACCACCAAGUUCGUUGAAGAGACCCAGAAUCUGAUCGAUAGUGUGGCACCUGCAAUCACUCCUGCUCUCCUCACAAAGGUGAACUACUUGCUGGGUAACGCAACGAACCUGUUGACGCCUAAUUUCGUCAAUGAGACGAGCAACCUCAUCGACGAAGUUUCGCCGAUCCUGAGUGAAGUUGCGCCAAUCCUUACACCCGAAAUGCUUGGCGAAAUCGGCGGUCUCCUUGGAAAUGCCAACGACUUGUUGACUUCGAAGUUUGUCAACGAAACGCAAGUACUCGUUGAGGACGCUUCUGAGUUGCUUCCCGCUUUGGUUAAGGUCUUGGGAUCGCUGUGA